AUGUCGACCACAACAACCACUGCCGCUCUCACAUCGACCACGCUGGUUGGCAUGCUUCCCACAAUAAACGCGACGGGUCUAAUACCCGGGAAGAACUGUCCAACCUGUGGCCAGGAGACAACUCUAGUACAAGAGCACGCCGCUGACCAGAGGAGGAUCAAGGAAUUGGAGGGGCAGAUCAGCUUCUUGAGUGUCCAGGCUGCACAAAGAGCCGAGAAACUCGCCGAGUACGAGCAUGAAGUCCGUCGUCUCCGGACCCAGGCCUCAUAUACUUCGCGAAAUGGCUCCUCCAUAUCAUCUACGUCCUCCAACGAAAUGAACCGGCCUCUAUCACCUCCCUCUAAUUCGCAAGGACGUCUAUCGACUCUUACAUCCUUUCUCCAUUCCCACGGACCCAGCAACACAUCCCCGACCCAAACACCCGCGCAACCCAUCUCCCAACCUCCGUCGCGGCAACCCAGCCCAGACCACACAGCCGAGCUGCAGAGUGCGCUAGAUCGCGAACAGAGCCUGCGCCGAGCAGCAGAAUCGCAAUUAUCGCAGGCCAGUUCCGAGCUGGAAGAGCUAACCGCGCAAUUAUUCAGCCAGGCCAACGAAAUGGUGGCCCAAGAACGCAAGGCCCGUGCGCGGCUUGAGGAGCGAGUAGCGGUGUUAGAACGUCGGGACGUCGAGAAGAGGACCCGUCUUGAGCGCCUCGAGAAGGCGAUGGAAAGGGUCGAGCGCAUCCGGGCACUCGUUGGUCAGUGA